GGCAACGGACUGAAGGGAGCGGCGGAGCCGGGAAGAGGUGAGAAAGGCCCGAAGAAACGGGACCGGUGGGGAGAAGAUUGCACAAGGGCAGGGACCGGUGAAGAGGCCGUAUAGGGGGUUCCAGAGAGCCACGUAAGUGAUCCAGCAGGCCCGCCGGGCACAGAAGCCGCCAGGAAAUGCCUCCUCCGCUGGACAUUGUAAAAGUAGCGAUCGAGUGGCCGGGAGCCAAUGCCCAGCUGAUUGAAAUCGACCAGAAGCGGCCUCUGGCAUCAAUCAUCAAGGAGGUGUGUGACGGGUGGUCCUUGCCUAACCCCGAGUAUUAUUCGUUCCGUUAUGCUGAUGGCCCCCAGCUAUAUAUUACAGAACAGACUCGAGGCGACAUCAAGAAUGGAACUAUUCUGCGCCUGGCGGUGUCACCAUCCCGUGCAGCGCGGCAGCUUCUUGAGAGGAUCCAGUGUUCCAGUAUGGAUUCCAGGCUAGAUGCCAUGAAGGAACUGGCCAAGCUCUCUGCAGACACUACAUUUGCCACUGAAUUCAUCAACAUGGAGGGAGUGACAGUACUGACUCAAAUGGUGGAGAGUGGCACCAAGCUCCUUUCACAUUAUAGUGAGAUGUUGGCCUUCACGCUCACUGCUUUCUUGGAGUUGAUGGAUCACGGAAUUGUCUCCUGGGAUUUGGUGUCCCUCACCUUUAUAAAACAGAUUGCAGGAUAUGUCUCUCAGCCUUCUGUGGAUGUUUCAAUCCUUCAGAGGUCUCUAGCUAUCCUAGAGAGUAUGGUGUUAAAUAGUCAGGCGUUGUACCACAAGAUUGCAGAGGAAAUCACCGUGGGGCAACUCAUCUGUCACCUGCAGGUAUGUAACCAGGAGAUCCAGACGUACGCGAUUGCGCUCAUCAAUGCCCUAUUUUUGAAGGCUCCAGAGGACAAGAGACAGGAGAAACCACAGAAUAUCAUGGAUGUUCCUGUUAGCGAAAUGGCAAAUGCAUUUGUGCAGAAGCAUCUGCGUUCUAUCAUACUGAAUCACAUUAUCAGAGGAAAUCGGCCAAUCAAGACGGAAAUGGCACAUCAGCUGUAUGUGCUGCAGGUCUUGACGUUUAACCUCCUUGAGGAAAGGAUGAUGACCAAAAUGGAUCCUAAUGACCAGGCUCAGCGAGACAUCAUUUUUGAGCUAAGGAGAAUCGCAUUUGAUGCAGAGUCUGACACUGGUGGGGUGUCUGGGGGUACUGAGAAACGCAAAGCUAUGUACAGCAAGGACUACAAGAUGCUGGGUUUCACAAAUCAUGUGAACCCGGCUCUGGAUUUCACGCAGACUCCCCCAGGUAUGCUAGCAUUGGACAACAUGCUGUAUUUGGCAAAAUUCCACCAGGACACUUACGUACGGAUUGUGCUGGAGAAUAGCAGUAGGGAGGAUAAGCAUGAGUGUCCGUUUGGGCGCAGCGCCAUCGAACUGACCAAAAUGCUAUGCGAGAUCCUGCAAGUUGGGGAACUGCCUAACGAAGGUCGGAAUGAUUACCACCCGAUGUUCUUCACGCACGAGAGGUCAUUUGAGGAGUUUUUCUGUAUCUGCAUUCAGCUGCUUAACAAAACCUGGAAAGAAAUGCGAGCCACUGCUGAGGAUUUCAACAAGGUGAUGCAGGUGGUCCGGGAGCAGAUAACCCGAGCUCUACCCUCUAAACCCAACUCUCUGGAGCAAUUGAAGAACAAACUGCGCAGCUUGAGCUACACUGAGAUUUUACGGCUACGUCAAUCUGAACGCCUCAGCCAGGAUGACUUCCAGUCUCCCCCUAUUGUUGAACUACGAGAGAAAAUUCAACCCGAAAUUUUGGAAUUGAUCAAGCAGCAACGUCUCAACCGCUUAUGCGAGGGAAGCAGCUUCCGCAAGAUUGGCAAUCGCAGGAGACAAGAGAGGUUCUGGUUCUGCCGCUUGGCUCUGAAUCACAAAGUCCUACACUAUGGCGACCUGGAAGAAAAUGCACAAGGAGAGGUGCCGUACGAGUCCCUGCAGGAGAAGAUCCCGGUUGCUGAUAUUAAGGCAGUUCUCACAGGGAAGGAUUGUCCGCACAUGAAGGAGAAAAGUGCACUGAAACAGAACAAGGAGGUGUUGGAAUUGGCCUUUUCGAUACUUUAUGAUCCGGAUGAGACGUUGAACUUCAUCGCCCCUAAUAAAUACGAGUACUGUAUCUGGAUUGAUGGAGUCAACGCUCUCCUCGGAAGGGAGAUGAACAGCGAGCUGACCCGCAGCGAUAUGGACACCUUGCUCAGCAUGGAGAUGAAGCUGCGUUUGCUGGACCUGGAGAACAUCCAGAUCCCCGAGGUGCCUCCUCCCAUCCCGAAAGAGCCCAGCAGCUACGACUUUGUCUACCACUACAGCUGAGCCCGUGAACUCGAUGGAGAACGCGCACACCCGCUAACCAAGGGAAGGGCCUCGCAUUAACCAGCUGUAUUACAGGCCGCGGUCUGCCUCUGAAGCAGGGGGCUGUCACCAAGAACCGUAAACCACCCACCAUCCGUUCGCUCUGUCUCCAGCGGAGCUCCUGCUAGCUAGGUCUCUGUAGUAGUUCUCUGAUAAUCCGGAGCACAGUAGCAGAGAGUUUAUUAACGUGCAUGUGCGACGCUCUCGUUUACAAUCGUCUCCUGUCAUUUGUACUCAUCUGCCCCGGAAACAUUAAAAGUCAGACCAGUAUUGAGUGGGGUAAAAAAAAAAACCUGACACAAGAGUUUGGACCGAUGUAAUUCAGCCUUUGCCUUAAAGUUUGUUCGGCCACUUUAGAGCGCAGCGAGUAGCCGCUUCUGGCCGGCCCCGGCGGUGGCCGUAAUUGCAUAGUUCCUAGCAUAGAGCACAAUCAGGCCUUGUUGUGACAUUCAGAUACAGGAAAAUAAUUCUCUACGAACCGUUUAUACUCUGCCCUGCAUGAAGAGGGUUAAUGGCAGCUGUUCUGCGUAUGUAGGGACUUUCUCCUCCAGGUACGAGCCGCGCGACCCGCACAUGUAAAUAGUCCUGUAGUUCUGCCAUCCAGAAUGUGUAAUAUUACUAAUAAAUAAAUAUUUCAUGUGAA